AUGUCAGCUUUAUUAGCUCCACAACAUCAAAUUAAAGGUCAAACUGCGCUUAUCACUGGUGGUACCAAGAACUUGGGCGCAGAAACCGCCAAGGAAUUGGCAAAAUUGGGAGCAAAUUUAUUCUUACAUUACAGAUCCAAUCCUGACGAAGCCAAACAAUUUCAAACCGAAUUGACAAAACAGUAUCCCGACAUCAAGGUUGAAAUUUACCAGGGUGACUUGAAACAUGCUCAAGAUUUGACCGAUUUAUUCACAGCUUCUAAAUCAGUGUUCACUAAGGGUAUUGAUAUUGCCAUUAAUAAUGUAGGUCAAGUUAUCAAGAAACCCAUUACUGAUUUCACUGAAGAAGAAUUUGAUUCCUUAGACUUGAAGAAUAAUAAAGUGGCCUUUUUCUUUAUCAAAGAAGCUGGAUUGAAUUUAAAUGACAAUGGUAGGAUCGUCUCAUUAACCACCUCGCUAUUAGCUGCAUAUACCGAAUAUUAUGGUGGGUAUCAAGGCACCAAGGCUGGAGUUGAGUUUUACUCGAAAGCCGCAUCAAAAGAAUUACAUUCAAGAGGUAUUACUUCCAAUUGUGUGAGUCCUGGACCUAUGGAAACACCCUUUUUGAUAAAUUCUGAGCAAAAGGAGAGUGUUGAGUUUUUCAAAACUGUUGGAUUACAUGGUAAAUUGACACAAACAGGAGAUAUUGUGCCUAUUAUUAGGUUUUUGGUUACUGAAGGAACUUGGAUUACUGGUCAAAAUAUCUUUGCUUCUGGAGGUUUCACUGCUCGGUAG